GGGAGGGAGGAGGCAGCGGCCGCCAUCAGGCAGUGGCGCCGCGCCGGUCGUGGCUGUGGUCGAGGGGCUGGGCCGGGCAGCCGGGCCGGCUGAGGCGGGGGGCGCGGGCCGGCCGUGGGGCGAUGAGGAGCCGCAGCAACUCGGGUGUGCGCCUGGACGGCUACGCCCGCCUGGUCCAGCGGACCAUCCUCUGCCACCAGAAUCCAGUUACAGGGCUGCUUUCAGCUGGUGCGGACCAUAAAGAUGCUUGGGUACGGGACAACAUCUAUAGCAUCCUGGCUGUGUGGGGGCUGGGAAUGGCUUAUCGGAAGAAUGCGGACCGGGAUGAGGAUAAGGCCAAAGCCUAUGAGCUCGAGCAGAAUGUUGUGAAGCUGAUGCGGGGACUCCUACAGUGUAUGAUGAGACAGGUAGAUAAGGUAGAGAAGUUCAAACGCACCCAGAGUACCAAGGACUGCCUACAUGCCAAGUAUAACUCUGCAACUUGUGCCACGGUGGUUGGAGAUGACCAGUGGGGGCAUCUACAAGUGGAUGCAACUUCACUGUACCUGCUCUUCUUGGCACAGAUGACUGCAUCAGGGCUACGUAUUAUCUUCACCCUCGAUGAAGUUACCUUUAUUCAGAAUCUUGUUUUUUACAUAGAAGCUGCCUACAAAGUUGCUGAUUAUGGAAUUUGGGAACGUGGUGAUAAGACAAACCAGGGCAUCCCUGAACUGAAUGCGAGCUCCGUAGGGAUGGCCAAAGCUGCUUUGGAAGCAAUUGAUGAACUAGAUCUUUUUGGAGCUCAUGGAGGACACAAAUCAGUGAUUCAUGUUCUUCCUGAUGAAGUAGAACAUUGUCAGUCUAUUCUAUACUCCAUGUUGCCAAGGGCAUCCACAUCAAAGGAGAUAGAUGCUGGCCUUCUGUCUAUUAUUUCUUACCCGGCUUUUGCAGUGGAGGAUCUAAACCUUGUUAAUGUAACGAAGAGUGAAAUCAUAUCCAAAUUGCAGGGCCGCUAUGGCUGCUGUCGCUUUCUCAGAGAUGGCUACAAGACACCCAGAGAGGAUCCAAGCAGGCUGCACUAUGAUCCCGCUGAGCUCAAGCUCUUUGAGAAUAUAGAAUGUGAGUGGCCAGUGUUCUGGACAUACUUCCUAAUUGAUGGAGUAUUUAAUGAGGACAAAAUUCAGGUACAAGAGUAUAGAGAGGCUCUGGAAGGAAUACUUAUUAGAGAGAAGAGUGGAAUAGUGCUAAUGCCUGAAUUGUAUGCUGUCCCUCCAGAAAAGGUAGAUGAGGAGUAUGAAAAUCCUCACUCAGUGGAUCGUGUUCCAGUGGGAAAGUUGCCUCAUCUUUGGGGCCAAUCAUUGUAUAUCCUUAGUUGCCUAUUAGCAGAGGGGUUUCUUGCUGCAGGUGAAAUUGAUCCCUUAAACAGGAGAUUUUCCACUGGAUUUAAACCUGAUGUUGUGGUACAAGUAACUGUUUUGGCAGAAUCUAAUCAAAUAAAGAACCUCUUGCAAGACCGUGGGAUCAAUGUUCAGAGCAUGGCUGAUAUCCAUCCACUCAGAGUGCAGCCAGCUCGCAUCCUGAGUAACCUCUACACCAUGCUGGGCCGGAACAAGAACAUGAAAUUAAGUGGACGGCCACACCGACAUAUUGGAGUGUUAGGCACCUCCAAGUUGUAUGUGAUAAGAAAUCAAAUAUUUGCUUUUACCCCUCAGUUUACUGACCAGCAUCACUUCUAUCUGGCUCUAGACAAUCAGAUGAUUGUGGAGAUGCUCAAGACAGAGCUGGCUUACCUCACUUCUUGUUGGAGGAUGACAGGAAGACCAACCCUGACGUUUCCCAUCACCCACACAAUGCUUGUUGAUGAUGGUACUGACAUUCAUCCAGCAGUUCUUGCCACCAUAAGAAAAUUAGAGGAUGGUUAUUUUGGAGGUGCAAGGGUGAAGAUAGGUAAGCUGUCAGAAUUUCUUACCACCUCUUUUCACACGUAUCUGAGCUUCCUGGAUCCAGACUGUGAUCUAAAACUGUUUGAUGACCAUAAUGAAGGCCAUAAUAGUCCUGACAGUGAAUAUGAAGGUUUUCCAGCAGAUUUCUGUGAAAAAGAAAGCCAGGAUGAGCUGGAUCAGUAUAUACAUAAUGUCCUGCAGAGUACAGCACUGAAGUCAUACCUGCCUCCAACUUCAAAGACUGCAAAUCAACCACCUGUGUUCAGCGCAAACCAUUCUACAGAAGAGAUACUGUCAAUAAUGGCCAAGACAAAGGGUUUAGAGGUUCCAGCUGUGUCUAUGUCUCUUCCCACUAAAGUUCUGAAUACGCACCGGAAGUCUCUGAAUCUCGUUGAUAAUCCUCAUUUGUUUGAGACAAAGGAUCAUGGAAAUGUUUUGCACUUACCUAAAGAUGCUCAUGGUGAUUUGGAUUGUAGGAAGCUUGUUGAGCAGCUGAAGGAAUGUCCAACGCUCCACGAUCAAGCAGAUAUCUUGUAUAUCUUGCAUAUACUAAAAGGCGCUGACUGGGACACAGAGCUGGAUGGACAGUACGGUGUUACUGUUCACUGCCUGCUCAAUGAGCUUUACAGAAAAGCAGGCCUCAAUCAAGAGUGGGGUUUAAUCCGUUACAUUUCUGGUAUACUCAAGAAAAGAGUAGAAGUCCUGGCUGAGGCAUGCACAGACCUUCUCUCGCACCACAAGCAACUUACAGUGGGCCUGCCACCAGAACCCCGUGAGAAAAUCAUCACCACCCCGCUGCCACCUGAGGAGCUCACAGAUCUUAUUUAUGAAGCCAGCGGCCAAGACAUCAGUAUUGCAGUCCUGACACAGGAAAUAAUUAUGUACUUGGCGAUGUAUGUCCGGUCACAGCCUAGUCUUUUUGUGGAGAUGCUCAGGCUCCGCAUUGGUCUGAUAAUUCAGGUGAUGGCCACUGAGCUGGCUCGAAGUCUGAAAUGCUCAGGUGAAGAAGCUUCAGAGAGUUUGAUGAAUCUAAGCCCCUUUGAUAUGAAAAAUCUCCUGCACCAUAUUCUCAGUGGAAAAGAGUUUGGAGUGGAAAGAAGCUUGCGACCUGUAGAUUCCUCUUCAUCUAGCCCUGCAAUUUCUAUUCAUGAAAUGGGGCAUUCUGGAGCAACCAAAACAGAAAGAAGUGGUAUUACUAAAUUGAAGAGUGAGAUGAAGCAGAGGGGCAGUACUCCAUCAUCUCCCACUAGUACUUCUCCUACUCGGUCCAGUGGAGACACGAGCUGGGGUGACCGAAAAGGGCAGUGGCUGCGCAGAAGGAGGCUUGAUGGUGCUAUUAACAGAGUUCCUGUUGGCUUUUAUGAGAAAGUGUGGAAAAUCCUUCAGAAGUGCCAUGGUCUGUCCAUUGAAGGGUACGUCCUUCCUUCUUCAACCACCAGAGAGAUGACCCCGUGUGAAAUCAAGUUUGCUGUGCACGUGGAGUCGGUGCUGAACCACGUACCCCAGCCUGAGUACAGGCAGCUCUUGGUGGAAGCUAUUCUUGUUCUCACGUUCCUCUCUGACCUCGAGGUGAACAGCAUCGGGGGCAUCAUCCACAUAGAUCGAAUUGUGCACAUGGCCAACGACUUGUUUCUGCAAGAGCUGAAAUCAUUUGGAGCUACUGGCUGUAUCUUGGAGAAAGACGUAGCCACAGGAAUUUGCCACUUCUUUUAUGACAGUGCACCAAGUGGGGCCUAUGGCACCAUGACAUACCUAACAAAAGCCAUAAUUAUUUAUUUACAUGAUUUCCUGCCUAGCACAGGCUGUACGAUGCAGUAAGCGAUGCCUCAUGCAGGAGGGAAGGCUCAGAAGCUCCUUCUCCCCAUUUCCCUGUCAUGAACCUCUUGUUUGGUUGCUGCAUGUUUGUGUGCCGUGCACUACCUCAGCAUUUUACCCUAGUGAUCGUGCUACGUGCAUGCCUACCUGUGGGGGACAGGUAGGUGGAAUUGGGCCUGGUUUUAAGAGAGUGUGUGAGAAAUAACAAAUAACAAGGCUUAUUCUGCCCAAAGUGCAUAAAUGUAAUUCAUAUUAAAUUAGCAAGAAUUACACAGUUCUGCCAAGGGGAGGACAGAUUACUCUGUGGAGAUCAAAAGGCAUAAUAAAACGAGAGCCCUGUAUCUCAGGCAUAAAGCCUCCCAAAUAAGAGAAGUGAUGGAAUUCAUUAAUUUUUCUCCUGCUGUGUGUAAAUGUGCAUUGUUGUGAAUCACUAAUGCACGGUGUGAAACAUCCAGGGAAAUGUAAAUUAGAGGAAUAGGAAUAACUUGAAAUAACCAGGUGAUACUUCUGAUACAUUUUUAUCCUGACUCUCAUUGCAUUUGCAUCUAGCCAGUUCAGGGCUAAUGCCAGUAGAGACAAAUGUCUUAAAAUAUCCACUCAUUUGAGAAGGUAGCCUCCCUCAGGAAGUUGCAUCUGUCUUUAAUCUGAACAAAAUAGCUUCCUUCCCUGCAUCCCCAAGGCUUUGGAGGCAAAAUGUCAGGACUCCAGCUCUUCCAGGGUGACAGACAGUUUUAUGCCUGUAAUCCUUUCCUCUGAAUGCAGCAAGAUAAACCUCUUCCACUCAGGCACCUGAGUGUCCCGGUCCUUUCCCUUGCAAAUAGCCUCAGAGUUCAGAAUGGCCUAAUUGCCGGCAGUCCAGCACAGCAUGAAUUUAUGGAAGGCUUUGAUGUUUCUCUUCACACAUCCCCACCCCUUUCCCUCCCCCCCCCCUUUUUCCCCACUAUUUUUUUCUUUAUUUCCCUUUUUUUACCACCACCCCCUUUUUUUUUUUUCUCCUUUUUUUUUCUUCUUUCCUUUUUUCCCUUUUUUUUAAUUUGAAGUUGCACUUGUAGCAUGUGGUUAGGGAUGGGCUGCCUGGAAGUCUCCCCUCAGACAGCUCCCAGGUUAGUGCCUGCACCUUGAACCCACCAACCGGAAACCACUUUCUGGAGCUGCUGCAAGAAUGGUUGUGUCCUGCAGGGAGGUGGCUCUGUGGCCACUGAAAUUGAAAACAGAGGUCUGCUGCCUCUGGAGGGGAACCCCUGCUUUACCCCAGGCCUCAGCUGAGGUUUUCCUUGUGCCAGGCUGUUGGCUUUGCCACCAGCCAGCAUGCCUGUGGCUGACAGAUGAGGAAAGUGGCUGUGGCUUUCGCCUCUCCCGUGGCCGUGGGCUCCCUCAGCAGCGUGGGGGUGCGCCAGCACUGCUGCCGUGCAGGCAGGGGGGAUUGGAGUGGUUCUGUCUUGCCAGGUAGAGGGGAAAAGAGCAGAUAUAGCCUGUUAAAAGCAAGUAUUUUCUGUGCUAAUAAGCCUGAUAAAAGCAAUUUCUGCGAGACCCCUCCUCCACUCUUUCGAAACAUAACUAUGCCAUUUGUACAGGGUUUGAAAUGAGACUUUUUGUGACAGUAACACGUGGUGCUUUUGCAAAAGAGGUUUUUGGUUCCAGUUUUGUACAGGUAUCUGAAAUAACCUUGAUGAAGGGAAGGGAGUAAACCCCUGUCUCACUUGUCAUUGCCAGCAGCCGCGGUCCUGGGCAGCGAAGCUCCUGCUGGCCGUGCCACCCCGCGUGCUGUCCCCCUGCAGAGUCGCUGCUGCGGUAACGUCUGGUCGCUGGCUCAAGAGAGCAAAGGUGUGGGGAGGCCUAAGGAGGUGACUUUGUGGUUUUGCAGAGACCAGUCUGGCGGUCCAAGGGUCUGGGAUUUCUUGGACCGGGUGCUCCGAGAGGCAUGUGCCCUGUUCACCACUGUGAAAACUGUGGGCUUGUUGAGGGUCUGCCGUAAAGGUACGGUUUGGGUACAAUUAGCACUUGGAUGUGGAAGUCAUUUUAUUGGCAAGGUGCCUGUUCUGUAGGGUUUUGCCUUCAUUAUGGUUUGGGGUUUUUUUCCGUUUCAUAGGUAUUGUGAGAGAUCACUGAGCCUGUUUCCCAGCAAAUGAAAGUAAAAUCCUUUAGUGUAAGCAGACAGCUGUGACAGUGCAGAGCACGAGCACACGAGAGCCUGUGUGAUGGCUUCUUGUUCUAUCCAGUAUCAUACAAAAAGUCAUUAGUAGCAGUUAUUUUUGCUUUUCUUGUUGAAUCCUAGAUUGUGAGGGUUGCAAGGUGAUUUUCCCUCAGACUCUUAGUUUAUUUUCUUUGCCAAGGUUGUGGUGUUGUUUUUGGAAACAAGAAGGGUGAUGUUGGUUUCACAUGCAGCUGCGUUGAAGUCUAAAGCAAUUGAGCUUCUGGCCAAACAUACCCAGACACCCCUUAACACGGUUUUUGUUUUAAUGGGCGUAUCGUUAAUUUGAAAUUCAUAGUAUGACCUAGGUUUCGGUAGUUUAUGCUCAUCGUGAUCAGUUAUCACAUGGAGUGCCAGUACUUAGAAGCUAUUUAUGUGGUAAUUUGAAGAGUUUAGGUAGCUGGUGGCGGAGGGUAGAAUUCUGAAACGCUGGGCCAGUAGAAGGGACACUCGUGUUACCCCGGGGUCGGGCCCAGCUGCGACUUGCUGCUGCGUUACUGCUCGGGCAGAAGAACCACACUGGCUGGAGAGUCGCGUUUUAGCCCAAACCUGAUUAAGCACAUAAGGUUUUAUACAGACCCCCAGCUUUGCCGAGGAUCCACCUGUGUGUGUGUGUGUGAGGCUGUUGCGAAGCAGAGGUAGCGGUGGUGCUGGCGGGGGUCUGCUCCCGGUUAAGUCGCCUGACAGCUUCGCAGGUGUGCGGGGCUGAGCGCUUUGGCAGAGGCGCGGCUUGGCUGUCAGGCCAGCCUCAAGUCCUUGAAAAUUCAUUUAUGGAAACAAGGGAAAGGUAAACAGACACGUCCUGUGCCUCCGAAACCAGGGCACUGAUGAAUUAAAAUAGACCCACCUACAGGAGCACCGGCACGGCCGUGGGGGCGGCCAGGCGCGCCUGCACACAGACCGGGGCCGCUUGGGGGCCAGGAUAAUGAGCGGUGCCCAGCUCAGCACACGUACCGCAUGGCCCCCAGCCCAGCUCCUCCAGGCCAGCGCCCUCGUGGCUGUUUCCUUCUCCCGGCCGCUGUGCCGAGGGGAUGAGUGUGUCAUACUAGACAGAUCAAAAGCAGCGUUCAUCUCCCUCGGCUGCUGUUCCUCCAAGUAAAUGUGCAAACAUCAUGGUUGGGGGUACAAAGUUUAUCUGGUUUCUGCCCUGCGUAUUGUGGUCUCCUUCCCCAGGGAAAGAGCCCUGCUUGCUCAUGGAAGGUGAAGGUGAGCUGAGCAGCCCUAAACGGGGACUGUCACUUUCUGUGGUUGGAAGUGAAACACCUGGGCUGCACCCCUGGGCACAGGGCACUGCAGGGCAGCGUCACCCCUCGGCAGCGGCCCGGGGCUUGAGUGACACGAGAGCUUGGGUCAGUCUGGGCCCAGCACCGGGCACUUCCUGGUGUGGCCGGGGGAUGGGAGCAGUUGCCCACAAAGUGGGAGAAUGAAGGAUGCCACCAGCGGUGGCAUCUGCACCUGUAGGGCAAGAGUUUGGGGACUGAUUCAGUCCCUGCUCAAGGGACCACUCCCAGCUGUAACAUUAAGUAGCCGCUGCAAUAAAACUGUGGGAUAAAAAUAAAGGAUUUGUGCGUGGGGGUUAUGGAAGAAGAGCUUCAGCUGAACGGUCCGGCUUUCAAGUACAAGUAGCCGGGCUCUCUCCCACUCCCAGUUGCAGUCUCGAGUGGCUUUUUAUUCCUGGCAUUAGAUGUUUCACAGUUACUCCCCCUGCCACCCCCCCUUCUUCUGUUAGGGGUAAAGAUGCUCUAGCGUGCUGCUGGCAGCUGACAGGACGGGCUGUUUCCUCUUCUGGCUGUGUGACUCAGCUCCUCUCAUACCUCAGUACUGCAUCCCUGAAAGCCUCUUCUCGCUGCCUGCUGAGGGAAGCGCUGCACCGCAACCUUCGCAUCUCCUCUCCUGAAGCGAUCCCUCAAGGCAAGCAUCCUUCAGCUCCGUGUUAGGGUAGCUUCAGGAUCACGUCACGAGAGGGGGACAUCCAAGCUGGAGGCUGUCAGCCAUUUCUGGGCUCCCACGUCUUGCUGCACACCCUAGCUUUGCCCUCUUCUCGUGGGGGUGGUGGCAAAGGACUUUGGAGCUGCCACUGUCCUGUUCCACCUUGUUGCUUUGCGCCCACAGCAAGGAAACCUACAGUGGGAAGCGAGAGCCCACCACACACGGUGUUUGUUUAUCUUGGGUGGAGCCUUUUUGUCACCCCACUGGAGUAAGGUGGAACUCAUCCUCAGGGUGCAUAGAUCAGAAUAAAUGCAUGCUAAAAAAUACACAUUCAGUAUUACCAAUGCCAUUAAAAUUUUACUGUAAAUCUUGUUUGCACUAUUAAAGAUUUUACUUUCCCCCUCCCCUAGGCAACAGAAAUAAGUGUGUGCAUAUUUAUUCAUUCAUCUGUCAAGUUACAAAAUACUUACGGAAAAGUAGUUUGUAUUUAACUGUAGAAAAUAAGAUUUAAGAUGGAGCAGUACCUUAAGCUUGGGCUGUUGUGACAUUGUGUGAUGAUGAACUGGGAAGGAUGCUUUUUUUUGUACUGUCAACACUGUUAUUAAAUAAAACCUAGAUACUGUACUUUGCUCAUA